AUGUUUAAAGGAGUGAUACUCCUCCUGCUGGCCAGUGCGUUGGGAUGCGUUCCGCGUCAACUGACUAUUACUGAUGAGGCUGGGCUGAAAGCUCUUGCAGACUGUCCCUGUUGUGCUGUGGAGCUAGGUUCGGACGUCACCCUUUCGGAGAACUGGGAACCCGUUUCCCUAUUCACAGGGACCCUCAAUGGUCGUGGAAAGACGAUCACUGUGUCCUCCUUUACCUUUAGUGACGGGUACGGCGGUAUCUUCAAGCAUCUCAACCAGUCAAAGAUCGUCAACCUCAAGAUUCGCGCCAACACCGAGGUUAAAGGCAGCUUCAUCUACUUUGGGCUCCUUGCUGCCACUGCAACCGACUCUUACUUCAGCCAGGUUGUGGUAGAGGGGACCCUGUCCAUUACAUCUUCUUUAAGCGUCCCGCCUGCGGAGACCAUUUCCAUUGGGGGCGUGCUCGGAUAUCUAACUGGAGUGGAACCUGCUUCAGACAUUCUGGUAAAGCUCCAGAUGACGGUUACCACUGCUGGAAGUGACACAGUUCGCUUGAAUGUUGGAAUGGGUGUCGGCCUUGUAGAACACGCUGCGCUGUCUGCGGUGCAUGCUACAGGAAGCUUGAAAGUUACAGGCCCGGCUAGAUUCACUGUGGGAGGUAUAGUUGGCAAUUCGACGGGUACAGUCCAACGUUCGGAGUCCUAUCCAGCUGAGCUUACUGUCACCAGAACGGGUAGUGCUGCAACAACAGGGUUCAGCUAUGAACUCGACCUUGUUGUGGGCGGAAUUGCUGGGAUAUGCGGUGCAAUUCAGCAUAGCAGAGCUGUUAUUCCAAACAUGAAGGUCACUGGAAUAUCCACCGUUGGUGGUGCUGCCGGGUAUCUGACUCGUGGUACAUCUAUGUCUUCUUCGUCCUGGACUAACGCUACCAUUCGGGUCACAGCGGCUGGUGACAUUACUGCUGGCGGGUUUGUCGGAUGGUCGUUAUCCUCCAUCCGCAACUGCACCUCCGUUGGCAAUGUGCAUCUCCAUACGCAAGACCAACCUCUACCACCGACUGUCUCCGUGGGACCGGAGACUGCUGGGGGAGGAUUUGCGGGGCGUGUCUCGGCCGAUGUCGACGAAUGCUAUGCAUAUCCAGAGUCAGUUGUGUGCAUUUCUGAUAACUGCGUUUCAUAUUGUGGCGGUUUCAUUGGGAUUUUCCACAGGCAGAAUUCCUCUAUCGUCGUUAAAAAUUCAGCCGCUGUCACAAAGCUUGUCAAUGCAACGGGAGGCCUCUAUGGGAUUGCUGCAGGCUUUCUUUCACGCACCGAAAAUGAGCACGUCCAUUCUGGCGCCAUCUAUCUCUGUGCAGCUCAUGGCGAUGUGAUAUACUCCUCCGAAUCCGGAGAGGACAAAGCUACUUCCUGGAAAUCAAGCAUAUCUGCAGGCUUUGUUGGCUAUGCAGAGUACUUGCAGAUAAGCAACACGUAUGCUGUUACGAACAAGGUUAUCAGUAGCGGGUAUGCUUUUUCAACUGCUGCCGGGUAUGGAGGAAGCUUACGCUACAGAAGCACCAUCCAGGAUUCCUUUGCCGUCGUCAACACAGCACUGGAAGUCAAGGCAUCUUUCCUCAGAACCCUCUAUCCAGGCUAUGAUGAGACCCAGGCUCCAGAUGACACGCUUACUGGAGGAGCAUCGUUUGUAGCUGAAGUUUAUCGUAAUAGUUUCAUCGACCGGUGCUACGGAAGAGCCGAAUCAAUCAACAUCACCGUCGACGCUGCCAAUAGCAUAGAGGGCAAUCGUCUUGCACUGCUGGGAGGUCUUUCCAUGCUCACUAUGACAGGAAAGCUUAGCGACAGCUUUGCUGAUGUAAAGGCAAUGAAGAUGAAAAUAAACAGCACUAAAGUCCAACCGCACGUGGGAACUAUCGGUGGGUUGGUCUCCUCUCUUGGGGCUAUUGACGACUGUUGGGCAAGAGUGGGCGAAACAACAAUGGAGUAUUCAGACACGACAGCAACUUCUCCUGAACUGGAUGGCGGUAUUGGCGGUAUUGUUGGUAGCCUGCACCUAGGAAGUACGGUGAGCAACUCUAUUGCAUAUCAAACAAAGCCGAUAAGCAUAAGCGGUUUUGUGCCCAAAAACCUUGGGUCAGUCAUUGGUUAUCUGCACGAUGGAGUGGUCAGGAGGGUGAUAGUCAAUGUGAGCUUCAUAGGAUUAACGAGUCAGGGUCAACCCAAAGCCUUCGGUGGCCUGAACGUAAGCAACAUAAAUGCAGCGAUGGCGGGUCAGGUUUACUACCUGAACACGGCAAACACUGAUAAUUGUGGGGAACCGACCGCAAAUGCCGAUUUCAAUGCCAAGUUUGGAAGCCAGCUGCACUGUGUCGGGGCCGAUGCUAUGCAGAAUAGUGCCACCUAUGACGGAAUCAACUUUGCUGAUGAUAGCAUCUUUGGUCAUGACACGACUGGUUACCCAUAUCUUCGAAAUCUGCCAACACUAAGUAACCCUUCAAAAGAGGGUUUUGUUGACAAUCUAAGGAAGCCCAGUGCUUUGGGAGCGACGAAGGAAAGGCGAUGGAAUUAUGAUAAGGUCUGGGCCAACAGUGAUGACACGUUUAAUCAUUGCCCCCAUCUGAAGUCCUUCAAAAGCCUAGGGGGAGGGCAGGUGUAUGUGACGCCAGGACAAUUCAAUUGUAGCCCAGGAUACUCAGGCGCAUUCUGCAGCACAUUUCAGUGCACCAUCAAUGGAGACUGUGGCUCCGGUGGAAGAUGCGAUGUUAGUACGGGCUCGUGCGAGUGUGGUCUUGGACUCUAUGGCAGUUCUUGUAGCGAAAGCUUCUGCGGUUCCAAUUGUAAUAGGAACGGGAUAUGUACACAGCUAGACAACUAUGUCUUUACGUGUGCUUGUGACCAGACAUCGUACAAGCACGCCGAGGCGUGCCGUGUGGGAUGCACUAAUCUGAUGAACGGUAUCUGCAUUGGACCUGGAGACGCAAUAUGCGACAUACCUUAUGUUUCUACGGGGACGGGGAUGUGUGUCAGCCCUGACGCUUUGUUUGUCCCUGUAAGGCAGCUGUACUCCACGCAUAAAGUGAUGAGCGGCAUCACCAUAGCUCUUACUGUUGUUUCUGUAGUACUAGUCGCUGGGAUCGUUACUCUGAUUGUUUUCUUAUUGAAGGCCAAGAGAAUGGGCCCAACAAGUAACUAUAUGAAGAUGCAACCCCAGGAUUCUAUUCCUCUUGAAGAGCAUGCAGCAAGAUCUGUCCUGUAG